AUGUGUUUACUUCACAAUAAUACUUCUUCAAACUUAGUAAAAGAGGAAAUAAGUCCAAAUGCUUCUUCGUUAUCAUCAUCAUCAUCAUCAUCAUUUUCAUCAUUAUCCCGACAUAUUCAUCAUUAUCAUCAUCAUCAUCAUUUUCAUCAUUAUCCCGACAUAUUCAUCAUCAUCAUCAUUGUCCCGACAUAUUCAUCAUUAUCAUCAUCAUCAUCAUUUUCAUCAUUAUCCCGACAUAUUCAUUCAUCAUCAUCAUUAAAAGAGGAAAUAAGUCCAAAUGCUUCUUCGUUAUCAUCAUCAUCAUCAUCAUCAUUUUCAUCAUUAUCCCGACAUAUUCAUCAUUAUCAUCAUCAUCAUCAUUUUCAUCAUUAUCCCGACAUAUUCAUCAUCAUCAUCAUUGUCCCGACAUAUUCAUCAUUAUCAUCAUCAUCAUCAUUUUCAUCAUUAUCCCAACGUAUUCAUCCUUAUCAUCAUCAUCAUCAUUUUCAUCAUUAUCCCGACAUAUUCAUCAUCAUCAUCAUUGUCCCGACAUAUUCAUCAUUAUCCCAAUCAUCCUUAUCAUCAUAUUCAUCCUUAUCAUCAUCAUCACCAUUUUCAUCAUCUUUAUCCCUAACAUGUUCAUCAUCAUCUUCAUCUUCACCUACCUCUACAUCCUAUCUUUUACCUCGGCAUAUUAGACAGCUGGGACAAUUUCUCAUCUAUUCUACUCAUGGGAACACGGAUAGACAUCAUCCAAUUGCCAAAAUACCACACGACAGAGAUGACCUUAGCUGA